AUGGUUCGAAGAGGAGGCCAUAUGCUGAUUCGAGAUACCCUAAACGCCAACCUCGCCGCUCUCUCCCUCGACGCCCAAAAACGCGCCACCAAAGACGCCGCCAAAAAAGCUGCCCGCGCCGAAGCCGCCGCCGCAAAAGAAGCCGAGCGCAAAGCCGAAGCCAUGGUCCUCAUCAAGCGCGUCGAACGCAAUAAACGCAAAUACGUCACCGUCGUUUCCGGGCUAGAAGAACACGGCCUGACUCUCAAGGAUGUUGCGAAGGCGCUAGGAAAGAAGUUUGCGACGGGGAGUUCGGUGACGAAGACGGCGAGUGGCGGGGAGGAGAUUACGGUGCAGGGGGAUGUGAGUGAUGAUUUGUAUGAUUGGUUGUUGGAGGUGUAUGGGGAGAGGAUCCCGGAGGAUAAUGUGGAUUGUAUUGAGGAUAAGCCGAAGAAGAAGAGUGCUGGAGCGUAG